GGGCUGGCCGGAGGCCGCUCUCGGUGUCGGGGGAUCCCCGAGGCCGCGGCAGCCCCGCCCGGGGGUCCCGGGGAGUCCCGGCCCCCCCGCCCCGCUGCCAGCGGUGCCGCGUUUCCCGCCGGAGCGCUUUUUGAAAGCGCCGCUGCCAGGCUUGUUGCGGGUGGAAGCGGAAGCGGGGGGGGACGGGUGUCGCGCGGACCGGAAGCGGCGCGGGCGGCGCGAUGGCGGGGCUGUCGGUGCGGGACCCCGCCGUGGAUCGCUCCCUGCGCUCCGUGUUCGUGGGGAACAUCCCGUAUGAGGCCACGGAGGAGCAGCUGAAGGACAUUUUCUCGGAGGUUGGGCCCGUGGUCAGCUUUAGGCUGGUGUACGACAGGGAGACGGGCAAGCCCAAGGGCUAUGGCUUCUGCGAGUACCAGGACCAGGAGACGGCGCUCAGCGCCAUGCGCAACCUCAACGGGCGCGAGUUCAGCGGCAGGGCCCUGCGCGUCGACAACGCCGCCAGCGAGAAGAACAAGGAGGAGCUCAAGAGCUUGGGCACAGGUGCACCCAUCAUAGAGUCGCCCUAUGGGGACCCUGUCAACCCCGAGGAUGCCCCCGAGUCCAUCAGCCGGGCAGUGGCCAGCCUGCCGCCCGAGCAGAUGUUCGAGCUGAUGAAGCAGAUGAAGCUGUGUGUCCAGAACAGCCCCCAGGAAGCCAGGAACAUGCUGCUCCAGAACCCCCAGCUGGCUUAUGCACUGCUGCAGGCCCAGGUGGUCAUGAGGAUCGUCGACCCGGAGAUCGCGCUGAAAAUCCUGCAUCGCCAGACCAGUGUUCCUCCUCUGAUCCCAGGCAACCAGCAGGCAGUGCCAGGGCCGGGGCCUGGGCCGGGACCGGGGCCUGGGCCAGGGCCCAACGCGCAGCUGAACCCGCAGAACACGCCGUCGUCCCAGCCACAGCCCAUAGGCGGGAUGCACGUCAACGGCGCUCCUCCUCUGAUGCAGCCACCCAUGCAGGGGGGAGUGCCAGCCCCAGGACAGAUGGCAGCCCCUGUGCAGGGCCCAGGCCCUGGCCCCAUGGCUCCAGGAGGUGGGAUGCAGCCACAGGUUGGGAUGCCGGGUGCAGGGCCCGUCCCCUUGGAGCGUGGACAAGGGAACCUGCAGCUCUCGCCCGUGGGACCUGCCAGGCCUGCGUCUAUCGAACGCGUUCAAGUGCCCAUGCCAGACCCGAGGGCCCCUAUGCAGCGUGGACCUCUACCUGCUAGUGGCCCGCCGCCCCGAGGCCUUUUGGGAGAUGCCCCGAAUGACCCUCGCGGAGGGACCCUGCUCUCAGUCACUGGAGAAGUGGAGCCCAGAGGUUACCUUGGGCCGCCCCACCAGGGAGCCCCUAUGCACCAUAUGCCUGGUCAUGACAGCCGUGGCCCCCCCCAUGAGAUGAGGGGGGGACCCAUGGGAGAACCCCGACCACUGAUGGGAGAGCCGCGGGGGCCCUUGAUGGAUGCUCGAGUCGGAAGAGAUCCCCGAGGGCUGGAGCCACGAGGGCUGGAGCCGCGCGGGCUGGAGCCCCGGGUGAUGGAGGCGCGAGCGCUGGAGGCGCGAGGCCUGGAGCCGCGGGUGCUGGAGCCACGAGUGCUGGAAGCCAGGGCCAUGGAGGCCAGGGUCCUGGAGCCCCGCGGCCUGGAGCCUCGAGGGCCUGGUCCCAACCCGCGUGGCCCAAUGCCUGGUGGGAUACAGGGUCCUGGGCCACUUAACAUGGGAGCCAGUGGCCCGCAGGGGCCCCGCCAGGUUCCUAACAUGGCUGGGGCAGGCAUGCAGGGAGGAGGCAUACCUGGGGCCGGAGUCCAAGGAGCUGGUCAGCCUGGAGGCUUUAGCCCUGGACAGAGCCAGGUCACUCCCCAGGAUCACGAGAAGGCAGCACUGAUCAUGCAGGUCCUGCAGCUGACAGCAGACCAGAUCGCCAUGCUGCCCCCAGAACAGCGGCAGAGCAUCCUCAUUCUGAAGGAGCAAAUCCAGAAAUCCACGGGGGCACCCUGACAGGCACAAGAUGGAGAUGCCUUGUGCCUGGAUAGAGGUGAUGCUUCAUGGCAGCUGCUUCCCAUUGCUACCUGAGCUGAUGGUGCAUUUUAGGAGAGGUUAUGUCACUCUCAAGAGGUUUUUCCCUCCAGUUCAUCCUUUUUUUUUUUUUUUUCUGUGUAUAUUUUAUGGUGUUUGAAAUAAAGUGGGAGGAGGGUUUGAGUAAA